AUGUUCUUGCGGGUGGCGGCGUCUGUGGGCGAGACGGAGAGCGGUGUUGGGCGGGGGUAUGAGGCAGCCAACGGGGUUGUGGACCGGGACAUCGACGUGCGCCGGAAGGGGGCAGCGGGGGCCGGAGCAGUGAAGGACGCCACGUUCUUCACGAUCUGCCGCAACUCGGACCUGCGGGGGAUGAAGAACAGCAUCGAGUCGAUGGAGAAGCGGUUCAACCAGCACCACCACUACCCGUGGGUGUUUGCGAACGACGAGCCGUUCACAGAGGAGUUCCGGGAAACGGUGGCGGGGCUCGUGAGCGGAGACGCCAUCUUCACGACGAUCCCGAAGGAGUACUGGGACGUGCCUGCGUCCGUGGACCAGACGGUGAUGGAGCAGCAGCUGCGGCUGCUCGAGCUGGACGGCGUGCUGUACGGCGGCGACCUGUCGUACCGCAAGAUGUGCCGCUUCAACUCGGGCUUCUUCUACAAGCUGCAGGCGCUGGCCCCGUACAACUGGUACUGGCGGGUGGAGCCGAACAUCAAGUACAGCUGCGACGUGCCCGAGGACCCGUUCCGCACAAUGGUCGACGGCGGCAAGGUGUACGGCUUUGCGUUGGCCAUGACGGAGGACAAGCGCACGGUGCGCAAGCUCUGGAAGACCAGCAGGGACUACUUCGAGAAGCGGGCGUCGUGGAACGCCUCCAACACCGACACCAACCUGCUCGUGCGGGGGGACUUCAACUACUGCCACUACUGGUCGAACUUCGAGAUCGGCAGCCUCGCCUUCUUCCGUGGCCCGGACUACGACGGCUACUUCGAGGCCCUCGACCGCACAGGCAACUUCUUCUACGAGCGCUGGGGGGACGCCCCCGUGCACACCAUCGCCGUCAGCUACUUGCUUCCGCCGGAGAAGAUCCACUACUUCGACAACACGGGCUACUACCACGAGAAGAUCGGCAACUGUCCGAGAGACCGCAAGGUCUUCAAAGCCCUGAACUGUGCCUGCUCCCGCUACCAGGACUUCAGCUGGAAGAAGUACUCGUGUGUCCCGCGGUGGUUCAAAGGCCUCCGUCUCGACUCCCCGCACGAGGCUCACCACUGA